AUGGAAAUUCUUCUUACUGAUAAUGGCAGCGAAGUGACAGAGUUCAUCCUGGUGGGUCUGUCCAAUCAUCCAAAAUCCCAUAUUGCCAUGUAUUACAUCAUGUUGGUGGUCUACCUGAUCACAUUGAUGGGUCACAGUCUCAUUAUCACUGUGGUUAGGGUUGAUGGGCAGCUUCAUACCCUUAUGUAUUUUUUCCUAAGCAACCUGUCUUUCCUCGAUAUCUGCUACUCCAGCAAUUCAGUGCCUUUUAUGCUGUUCAAUGUUUUAAGAAACUACCCCACCAUCUCCUAUAGAAGCUGUUAUGCCCAGAAGGCCAUAUCCCUUUCUCUGGGGAUGACAGAGUGGCUCCUCCUUGCUGUCAUGGCUUAUGACAGGUUUGUUGCAAUCUCCAGUCCCCUGCAUUAUACCAUCAUUAUGAACAAUCAGGUUUGCAUACAGUUGGCCAUGGUGACCUGGGCCAGUGCCCUCCUUUUGGCAAUAAUACCAAUCAUUGCAUUUCCUGCCCAUUUUUGUGGACACCAUGUCAUCAACCAUUUUACCUGUGAGGUGAAGCUCAUUUUACCUGUUGAAGCUCGUUUGCUCAGACACCGCAGUCAGACUUAUUCUGGGUCUAGCCAUCGGCAUAUUCACACUGCCCCUGCCCCUCACCUUCAUCCUCAUCUCCUAUACUCGCAUGUGGUUGCUGUGCUGAGGAUCCGCUCUGCAGAGACCAGGUUCAAGGCUUUUCCACCUGUGGAUCCCACCCAACUGUCGUCACCAUAUUUUAUGGGACAGCCAUCUACAUGUGCUUGA